AUGUCCAGUAGUAUGUCAGACGCGGAAACGAUCCGCAUCCUUGUCUCAACGGACAACCAUGUCGGCUACAAUGAGCGAGACCCCAUCAGGGGCGACGAUAGCUGGAAGAGUUUCCACGAAGUAAUGUGCCUGGCGAAGCAACGUGAUGUGGAUAUGGUGCUCCUGGCGGGCGAUCUUUUCCACGAGAACAAGCCUUCCCGGAAAUCCAUGUAUCAAGUGAUGCGCUCAAUUCGAAUGAACUGUCUCGGCGAGAAACCUUGUGAACUUCAACUGCUUAGUGACGCAAGCGAAAACUUUCAGGGCGCCUUCAACCAUGUCAAUUAUGAAGAUCUCGAUAUUAACGUCGGAAUUCCCAUCUUCUCUAUCCACGGAAACCAUGACGACCCAUCCGGGGAGGGCCACCUUGCGGCUUUGGACAUCCUACAGGUCUCGGGUCUACUCAAUUAUUAUGGGCGAACGCCGGAGUCAGACAAUAUCCAGCUCAAGCCGGUUCUACUGCAGAAAGGCCGAACCAAACUGGCGCUCUAUGGAAUGAGCAACGUGCGAGACGAGCGGUUAUUCCGCACAUUCCGUGACGGAAAGGUCAAGUUCUUCAGACCCUCCGUCCAGAAAGAUGAUUGGUAUAACCUGAUUUGUGUCCAUCAAAACCACCAUCCAUACACGGAGACAGGAUACCUUCCCGAGAACUUCCUUCCAGAAUUCCUCGAUCUUGUCAUCUGGGGUCACGAGCAUGAGAGUUUGAUCAACCCUCGUACCAACCCAGAAACGAAAUUCAAGGUGAUGCAGCCGGGUUCAUCGGUCGCAACCUCCUUGGUGCCCGGCGAAGCAGUACCGAAACAUGUCGCUAUUCUGAGCAUCACGGGAAAAGAGAUGAAAUGCGAGCCGAUCCGGCUCAAGUCGGUACGCCCGUUUGUGAUGCGGGAGAUUGUGCUGUCCGAAGAAAAAGGAGCUCAAAAACUAGCGCGCAAAGAGAACAACCGCACUGAAGUCACCCGCUUCCUCAUGGACAUCGUAGAGGAACUAAUUGAACAGGCCAAUGCGGAGUGGCUAGAGCUGCACCGCCCCCAGCGGCAGGAGGGCGAAGAAGACGAAGACGAAGAAGACGAGCUAGAGGUCCCCUUGCCGCUCGUACGGCUCCGGGUCGAAACAUCCACACCCGAAGGUGGCAGCUAUGACUGCGAGAACCCGCAGAGAUUCUCGAACAGAUUCGUCGGUAAAGUCGCCAAUGUCAACGACGUCGUGCAGUUCCACCGAAAGAAGAAAAACCCUACAGCACGGAAGAAGGAUAACGAUCUCGAUGAAGAGGCAUUGUCCCGCCUCUCCACGCUAGACACAGUACAAGUCGAACAACUCGUCCGCGAGUUCCUCGCCCAGCAAUCCUUGUCUAUUCUCCCACAAAACUCCUUCGGCGAUGCGGUCUCCCAGUUCAUUGACAAGGACGACAAACACGCCAUGGAGAUGUUUGUGAACGAGUCUCUCGAUGGUCAAAUAAAGCACCUCCUCUCACUCGACCGCGACAGUGAUGCCGACGAGGAUGACACACAACAAAGUUCCUUGCAAAAAGCCAUGGAGAAAUACCGCACUCAGAUGGAAGACAUGUUCUCAAGAGGCGUCAAGAAACGCACCCGUGGCAAGAAGCGCUUCAAGCCAAAGCCCGACACCUGGGACUCCGAAUUCGACGGCCCUUGGGAAGACCAGCCAGGUGCGCUCAUCCACUCGGACAACGAAGGCGGCGACCCCAACGAGGAAGAAGCCGGUGAGGACGGCACUGAGGCACCAGCUGCACGAACAUCUACACGCGGCCGUGGGCGAGGUAGAGGAGGUAGAGCCGCAGCGACCGCGACCACCCGCAAAGCAGCUACCACGAAAGCGGCCGCAGCCAAGAAGCCUGCAGCGUCCAAAACAAAAGCAACGACCGCCCGAGGACGCGGCCGCCGCGCCGUAUCUGAAGACGAAGACGAGGAUGAAGACGACGUCGUCAUGCUCGACGACGACGACGAACCUGAAGUCAUAGAGCCAGACGAUGAAGACGAAGACGAAGAUUCGCAAGCCCUCUUCGUCAAACAACCAGCCAGCAAGACACGCAAAACAGCCGCAGCUGCCACGACCACAACCCGCACGCGCCAGACGAAACGCACAGCUGCGUCUCCCGCCCCGUCCUCAAAUACUGUCAGCCAAACCACCACCGCGCGUCGUGGAAGAGGAGGCAAGCAAACCCAGCUAACGCUGGACUUUGUUGGCUCGCAGUCGAGUCAGCGUGCUGGUGCUGGGGCAAGCAGUAAUACGAGGUCGAUGAGGCCGAAUCGCACCACACGGAGUGUCAGUGUGCUCAGCGAGGACAUUGACGAUAGUGAUGGGUUUGAGCCAAUGCCUAGCAGUAAUCGCCGGAGGAGGUAG